CUUAAAUAAAGAUUCUAGCAAGUACUAGCAGUACCUAUGUCAGUGAACCUUUAUUUCAUUGUUAUCAUCCAUGAAUGUGAUGGAUUAUGAUCAAUUUCAUGAGUGUGACUUAGAAAUUGCUUUUCCAUUUUUUCAAACAGAAAAUAUAUUAUCUCCAAAUACAAUCCUAAAUGAAAUAUUAUUUGAUCAACAAGAUCAAUCACAAUAUCUCUUAUCUCCAAAUACCAUCAUAGAUGAGAUCUUUGAUGAAGAAAAGUCCAUAGAAAGAUCGAUGAUGCAGCAUACAAAUCAGGACGAGACAAUGCCUCUAGAGAAUGAAUUGUGUCGAGGAACUCCUGAAAAAGGCUGCGAAAACGUGCUUGGUUCGAGAGAGGAGGAUUCGUUUUGGAAGGAAGUUCAAGAUGAGUUAAUGGAAGAGACAAGUCUAGUUGAUCUUUUGCUGAUAGGAGCUGAAGCUGUUGAAUCACAGAACAUGACACUUGCUUCUGACAUAAUUGAAAAACUAAACAAUGCAGCGUUUUUAGAAAACGGCGAUAGUUUAUUGAACAGGUUGUGUCCUUUCUUUACACAAGGUUUGUUUUACAAAACUACGAAUGCUCCUAAAUUCCACUGUGAACAUGUUUCUACACAGACAAACACAUUCUGUGUGUUUCAGAUACUUCAAGAACUCUCUCCGUACGUAAAAUUUGCUCAUUUCACAGCAAACCAAGCAAUUUUCGAAGCUACGGACGGUGUUGAACAUGUUCAUGUCAUUGAUUUCGAUAUCAUGGAGGGAAUUCAAUGGCCAUCAUUGAUGGUUGACUUUGCAAUGAGAAAGAACACUACUUCACUUAGAGUAACAGCAAUCACAGUAGAUCAGCAAACUGCAGCCUCGGUUCAACAAACGGGAAGAAGGCUAAAAGAGUUCGCAGACUCGAUCAAUUUCCCGUUUGUGUUCGAUACGAUGAUGAUGGAGAGUGAAGAAGAUUUUCAAAGAAUCGAACACGGUGACACACUUAUUGUCAACUGUAUGAUACAUCAGUGGAUGCCAAACAGAAGUUUCUCAUCAGUCAAAACUUUUCUCGAUGGCGUAAGAAAACUAUCACCAAAGCUUAUUGUGUUAGUUGAAGAAGAACUGUUUAAUUUUUCUAGACUCAAAUCCAUGUCCUUUGUGGAGUUUUUCUGUGAGGCUUUGCAUCACUAUAUUGCAGUUUGUGAUUCAUUAGUUACUACUUUGUGGGGUAGCCAUAAGAUGGAGUUAAGCCUUAUAGAGAAAGAUGUCUUGGGAGUUAGAAUCUUGGACAGUGUAAGACAGUUCCCUUGUGAAAGAGAAGAGAGAAUGUUGUGGGAAGAAAAGUUUUUUUAUUCUUUGAAAGGGUAUAAAAGUGUUGGUAUGAGUACAUAUAAUAUUUCACAGGCUAAGUUCUUGGUAAGCUUGUUUGGUAAAGGGUAUUGGGUGCAAUUUGAGAAUUUUAGGUUGGCUUUAAGUUGGAAGUCAAGACCUUUGACUUCAGUUUCAAUCUGGGAACCAAUAGAUUAUAUGAGUGACAAGGUCAAAUAGAUUGAAACAGUUUUUUUUUGUAAGACUUGCUUUGUACUUAUUUAAUUAUUGAGAUGAUUAUGGAUGGAUAGGUGAUGUAUUGUGGUUGUAGGUACCAAUAGAUUAUAUGGAUGGAAAAGCUGCAAGUGUUGGCUUGGCUGUACAAUAAGACAGAUGAAAUGUGUAAUUUUUGUAGCUCAAUUUAUGUUCAAAACAGUUACUAGACAAGAUCCAUAAAUGAAACACUUUGUAAGGUUUCAAGAUUUCUGAGGAAAUGCCAAGAGAAUGACAUUCUUAAACACCGGCGUUCGGUGCGGUAACACAGCAGGCCGAGAGUUUACAAAUUAUUGCAACUUAGCAGUCUACAAGAUGAAUAAACUAUAACAGUUCAAAAGAACCAUCUAGUUUAUCAUACUGGCAAACUGUGUGCUGGAAGUGGCACAAGGGAACAUGACAAGG